UGUAUAUUUCUUUUGCUCCCUACUUAUGUAUAUUUAUAUACCGUGUCCCCGUCCUCGCAUUCACGUACUCCCUUUUAUAUCGCGUUGACCGAAAUUAUUGAUAGUUAUCGUUAGUCAAUAAUCGCGUCAUAAUGAUCAUAUUACACUAUUGCGAAAUGUAAGAAUAAUCGAAGACAAUAAUCGAGUGGCAAUCACUCGGCAGAUUGCGAAUGACAGUUCCGCGUGACAAGAAUUCCACCAGUACAUAUAUACGUUCCGACCAUUUGUAUUGUGUUGAUCUUUCUUAGAAAUAUAUUAUUUCUGGCGAAAAUGUAUUAUUGAGAUCUGCGUAAAGAAAUACGGUAUAUAUAUAUAUAUAUUUCUUACGAGCGACGUUAGAGUUCACGGUGCGAGAUCAUGGCGAAAGAUGAAGGAGACGACGUGCUGCCAGACAAGGACGCGGCGAAAGGAUUCUAUGCUAAGUACGAGCCUAAGGAGAUCCUGGGAAGGGGAAUAUCUUCUACCGUAAGGAGAUGUAUAGAGAAAGAGACAGGUAUAGAAUAUGCAGCUAAAAUCAUAGACAUCAGCAAUGAGACUCACGAGGAUGGACAUACUAUGAAAGAUGCUACGCUACAAGAAGUACAAAUACUUCAUAGAGUAGCUGGACAUCCAUAUAUCAUUGAAUUGCAUGAUGUUUUUGAAUCCAAUACAUUUAUAUUUUUAAUUUUUGAAUUAUGCAAAAACGGAGAAUUAUUUGAUUAUCUUACAUCUGUUGUGACACUUUCUGAAAAGAAGACACGUUACAUCAUGAGACAAGUAUUUGAAGGAAUUCAACAUGUGCAUAAUCAAAGAAUAGUACAUAGAGAUUUGAAGCCUGAAAAUAUAUUGUUCGAUGAUAAUUUGAAUAUAAAGAUAACAGAUUUUGGAUUUGCCAGAAUGUUGAAACCUGGUGAAAAAUUAGAAGAUCUUUGUGGUACGCCUGGCUAUCUAGCACCAGAAGUAUUAAAAUGUAACAUGUUUGAGAAUGCAGAUGGUUAUGGAACACACACUUAUAUAUGGGCUUGUGGUGUGAUUAUGUUUACACUAUUGGUUGGCUGUCCUCCAUUUUGGCAUCGAAAGCAAAUGGUUAUGCUUAGAAAUAUAAUGGAGGGAAAAUAUUCAUUUACAUCUCCCGAAUGGGCUGAUAUAACAGAGGCUCCAAAAGAUUUAAUAAGAAAGCUGCUAGUUGUAGAUCCCAAAAAAAGAAUUUCUAUAAAGGAUGCAUUAGAACAUUCAUUCUUCCACACUGUUCUGUGGGAUCAAGACAUCGCUCCUUUAAAACGUUCUCUGUCAUCUAACUCGCGACGUCUGAGUAGGAUAUCUCAGUUAGCUUUGGAACUGAAGGCCAAAUCGUUCAAUGCACGAAAGAGAUUCCAAUUGGCAAUUAUUUGUGUGGGAGCCGUUAUUCGUAUUAAACGACUUCAUAUCACGCCUGAACCGCUUUCAACACAAAUAACUUGUACUGAUCCAUACAGGAUAAAAAUUCUGCGGAAGGUAAUCGACGGCUGUGCAUUUCGAGUUUAUGGGCAUUGGGUAAAGAAGGGGGAAGGUCAAAAUCGCGCAGCACUUUUCGAAAAUACACCAAAGACAGAACUAAAACAUCUGUACGUUAAUAAUUUAAGUAGAUAACUAUUGUUUUGUUAAUUUGUUCUAGUUGAAUUUUUUGCAAACAGAAUCUCGACGAUCUAAUAAAAUAUGUUAAAAACAAUUGUAAAGUAAUGUUUAAAAACAGGGCUCUAACGAUUAUGAGAUAUAGUAGUUAAAUUCUGUGUGUAUGUGUGUGUGUAUGUUGGUGUUCAAACUGAUCAGAUUUAUAUUAAAAUUUAUAUUUAUAUA